AUGGUUUCCCAUUCUGAAAUUCUUUUGUCAAAGUGCGCUCACUUUCGAGAGCAAGGUGAAUUCAUCGACGUGGGUUUAAAAGUGGAAGGAGAGAUAUUCUCAGUUCAUCGCAUUGUGCUCGCUGCCAGCAGCGAUUAUUUUCACGCCAUGUUUGCUCACGGAAUGAAAGAGUCGAACCAGGAAGUGAUCGAGCUCAAAGAUGAAAGCAUUUCAGCAGCUGCUUUGAAGAUUGUAUUGGAUUCCAUCUACAGCGGAGACCUUCUUGUCAACGAUGAAACUGUCUUUGACGUCCUUGCCGCAGCGGAUCACCUUCAAGUUACAAGUGUUGUCCAACAGUGUUGUGAGUACUUGCAAACCCAGUUUGUUGAUCAGCUUCGAUUUGACGUACAAACAUAUUGUCGCCUCUCCGCGAUUGCUGAUCGUCAUGGUCUAACUGAUCUUGAAGAAGCCACGCAAACUAAGAUGGCAUACGUUUACAAAGAGAUCUGUGAAAGUGAAGAAUUCUUGUCCCAUGUGGAUGCUGAUCAGUACACUCGCCUUCUUUGUCGAGAUGACCUCAGUGCUCCUUCAGAGACAUUCGUCUUCAAAUCCGUGAUGCAGUGGAUCAAACACAAGAAGGAAGAGCGAAUGCCAACCGCGGCCAAAGUCAUCGGAGCGGUUCGUCUGGGCGGUUGGUUGACAUCAAGGAUUUGACUGAAGAACUCGAAACGGAUGAGAUGCAACAAACACCAGAGAUUCAUAUGCUUCUCUAUGAAUCGCUUUUAUAUUACGUCAAGCCUUCAAACAGUUCCAACUUUGCUAAAGAAAAAGCAAAACUACGAUCAACGGGUCCAGUAAGUAUAUACUGUAUGCCAUUUGUGUCUUAGAGGGUUUCGCCCUCAGUGGUGGCCUUACCCUCUUCAUCCUCUACCACUGCUGACCUUCUGUUAAUUCCAACUUUAGUUUCUAAAGUUGUAUUGUAUUGUAUUGUAUUGCAUUUAUUUAUUUGCCACACGAUUACAAUAAUUACAAAGAAAUGCCAAAAAAAAUGUAGGAAGAAAUGGCGAGGAGGCCUAAAGGAAACUAUAGAGCUUAUGUUAAUAAGGCCUCCUCAAUUACAAUUUUUCGAAGAUGGCAUAAAAAUUACGGCAACGGAUACAAAAUAAUAUCAGGUGGAAAAUUAAACUAAUCAAUAUUACGGAAGUUUACAAAUAAUGUUGAAUAUUAAAAGGCUUUUUCGCAAGAUUUCUGUUGGAGUAUACUAAUAAUUAUUACAAAUAAAUGCCUAAUGCACUUAUCAAUUGAAACCCUGACUCCCCCUCCCCCCCCCACCCCGGGCCUAUGUGGGGUAAUGUGGGGGAUUUUUAUGGUAUUUGAAGGCAUGGUUAGCCCAUGGGGGUGGGGGAUUUCUCAGGAUUUGCUUAGCAUAUUCAUGGCAGUCCACGGAAGUCGGGGAGCGAGGUGGGGAUUUGACUCGUGCCUAGUUUCCUCAGGGUAAUUUCUUCACGUGAUCACUGGUAUUUUGAUGUAUUGCUCAGCCGUAAGUUUCCUAAUUGUUUUUCCUUUCAUUUCUCCACUUAGAUUAAUCCUUUGCGAUUUUGCCUUGAGCUUUCAUGGUUCGUUGACUGGAAAUUGUUAUUGUUAUUCAAAACUUCUCAAACAAUGCAGAUACACACUAUCUGGUUAAUUUUGUUAAUAUUGCCAGUUACGUGGUCCCUACUCGCUUCUGAGCGUUAUCGUGGGCAAAGAAAUGAAGAAAUCAAAGCUUCGUUUCAAACAGAUGUUUCUCCCAAGCAUAUCAAGCGUUACGGACAAAAACAAUGAACUUUGAAAAACUGUUAGGUUAACAAGUUUUCAAAAACCAAAAUUUCAAUCCGUUUUAAUCUUCUUCAUGUUUUCCCAUCUGUACCUUCUUUUGUAUUUGCUGAGUCAUUUAUACCAUCUUUUAAUGUCUUCAGUGGUUAUUUUUAUGUUUCACUCAAUUUGGUAGCAGUUCCCACAGCCUACAUUUUGGUAAAAUUCGUGACACAGCUCGUUUAACGUCUAGUGUUAAACCCAUGUGGUUUCUGAAGUUCUAUAUUUCCUCAUUCUUUAAGUCAUAAUAUAAAAUAUAGCUCCUAGGAACUAUUUUAUGCAGUCUAUUUAUAACAUCAGCUUGUGAAAGUUAAGGUAUGUUGGCUGCUAUUUUCAAUUAAACUUAUCAUUGCAGCAAUUACUUUCAAUGGAGAUGGUACAGAUUUCCUUUUAACAUAAAUUUAUAGCAAUGUGCUACUCCAUCAUCCAUUUUGUACCCUGACUUUUUUAUAAGUGGGCAGGGGUCAUUAUGUUUACUUAAUUAUUGUCAAAUAUUUGUUGUAUUUAUAUCUUGGUCUGUUAUCAUGUUUGCCUUUUUGCUCUAGUAAAUUUGUCAAUAAAGAAGUUGAAAAUUCCAACGAAAUGUUAAUAAAGUCAGUCAGGGAAUUAAAAAGGUUUCCCCACCUGGGUGGGGGUUUUACCAGUCAAUAUGCCCCAGUAUGGUGGGAGUUUGCUAAGAUUUGUAAUGAUGUCAAGUCAAAUCCCCACCUUGGCCCGGGGGGGGUCGGGCAUAAAGUGCUCUUUUAAAGGAAAAAGGUGAGGAAGCGUUGAUGAUGUUGGUGUUUAAGGUGUUGUAAAAUUUAGGUCCUUGAUAAAAAACGGAAAAUUGUUUGGUUUGAGUACGACAGAAAGGCAGACGAAAUUUACACGAGUUUCUUGUAUUAUACGAAUGAAUUUGACUUUGUAAAGUAAAUUUACAAUUAAAUUUUAAAGGUAGAGUAUGGUUUUGAUAGGAGUACAUAAAUAAGCCUAGUUGUAUUAAGUUUAUAUCAUGAAAUUUUAAGAUACCAAGAUUUUGAAAGAUUGGAUCAGUAUGUGCAUCGAAAGUGGUUUUAGCUAUAGUUCUGAUCACCCGUUUCUGUAAAAUGUCAAGACGAAUAAGGUUAGUUCUGUAAGUGGAAGCCCAAACUAACUUGCAGUAAAAAAAGUAUGGAUAGACUAGAGAAAAAUGUAGUGUUCGUAAGGUUUUCGUAGAUAAAUAGAAACUGGAUUUACGAAUAAUUCCUGUACAUUUAGAAACGUUAUUGGCGACAUGUGAGAUUUCAGAUUUCCAAUUUAAAUUUUCAUCCAUGAUUACUCCCAAGAAAACUGUUUCUUUUACUUGAUCAGUUUUUUGGCUAUUAAUGACAACUUAUUUAGCUCAGCGUUUAGUAUAUUAGUCAGGCAGUCUUUAUCCUUGUGAGACACAAAAACGUUUGUAUCAUCGGCAAAUAAUAUCAGUUGUAAUAUUGUUGACGUGUUGAUUAUAUCGUUGAUGUAGAGCAGAAAAAACAAAGGCCCUAGUAUUGAACCUCGGGGAACGCCACACAUGAUAUCAGCACAAGACGAAACAUAACCAUUGUAUUCUACAAAUUGAAGUCUGUUGGAAAAAUAGCUCUUAAUCCAUUUCAGAGCCAAGCCACGUAUACCAUAGUUUUCAAGUUUAUCAAAUAAGAUGGAAUGAUUGACUGUAUGGAAAGCUUUAGAGAGAUCUAAAAAAACACCAACCGCUAAUUCACCACGAUCAAUAGCAGAUGAAAUUUUUUCAUGCAAAUCAAUCAAGGCAAGCUAAAGAAAUUUGCACCCCUCCCCCCCAACGAGGUAACUCAAAGGUAUAGUUUUCUAAAACGCCAUUGGCAAAGUUUUGCAAAAGUAAAUGUUACGAGCGGUUUUCCUGACAAUCUGUAUUAUAGUGGGGCAACGGCCCUUCUUUCAAAAGUUUAUGUACUUUACGGACAUACAAAGUACAACCUGUCAAGGGAGUGGUGGCAGAUGCAAAAUGCAGUACUUCAUUCUUUUGACCCAGCGAGCAAUGGGUGGCUAGAAAAAGCUUCAACUUGCCACCCUCACUUUGGGUCCAGUCUUUUUGUAGUGAAUGGCAAGCUAUGUGUGGCAGGGGGUUAUAAUUCUAUUGACACAUUAAGCAGGCCCUGUGGUGACCCAGCAGCUGUAGAAGUUUACGAUGAAGACAACAACAAGUGGUCUGUAGUUGACCAAAAACAUAUUCCCCAAAACACGCUUGGUGCAGUGGAAAUAGAGGGAAGGGUUUAUUUCAUCAUCAAUAAUUUUCCAAUUGACAGUGGAAUUAGAAUCCCUUCAGGAGAGGUUUAUCCUGUUUAUCUCGGUGACUGGAAAAAUUUAGGAAACGUUGCCAACAAUGCAGCCCUGUGUUACGUACCUUUAAAGAGGGACAGCGUUAAAAGGGACUGA